GCUCCCGCACUCUUCUCCCCAUCCCGCAUCUCCUUCCGCCGCUCGUUCGCCUCCUCCACUGCAGCAAUGUCCGCCCAGCUCUACGAAUACGUCGUCAUCAUCCCCGACAAGGACGAUGCCGAAUGCGUACGUUGCUUGCUCUCACAAUCUAGACCCGCCCUCCGCAGUAUACCGACUAACCUCUGUCUGCAGGUCAACCGCCGUGUCGCUGUCCGUCAGGAACAUCUCGUCGGCGUCAAGAAGCUCUUUGCUGACGGCGUCAUGACCUCCGGUGGCGCCUACCUCGACGGCCCCAUCACCACCGAGUCCACCCCCUCGUUCAAGGGCUCCGUCGUGACCAUGCUUGCCGAGUCCAAGGAGCAGGUCAAGGAAAUCAUGAUGAAGGAUGUCUACAGCUCCAACGACGUCUGGGACUGGGAGAAGGCCCAGAUCUUCAACUUUGCGUGCGCUGUCCGCAAGGCGAAGGAGUAAAAUAUGAAUGCGAUAGACUUAUCUAAAUGAUUAACACACACUUAUAAGUAUAUAAGUGCUGCCGGCUCCACCCCACCACAUAACUCAAUGCGUCUCUAGCUACUCCAACUCCUCUACACCUCCCAUCCAAACACCCACAGUAAAUCUCUUUAUAAAACCCAUCAAUAAAACAGCAAUUCAGUAAACAUCUCCAUCCAUCCACUGUGUGUUCUGUGGCU